UGGUGGCGUCUCAAUAUGAGUUGGAAAAAACCAAAGAGCGACGUUAAACAAAUAAAAAAAAAAUACUUAGGCCUACAGCACAGGAUCAAUAAAUUGUCAUUCUGGUCUGUUAUCUCCAGGUUGAAAUAACCUUCAUUCAGGGUAACCGAGUGACAGACAAGGAAGGUACAACUAUCACUCGUAAAAUGGCAACAGCGUCAGAUCUAUUCUCUGGAGCACAAGACGUUAAACGAUGUCAACUUUGCCCUGGAAAAACUAGAAAAUCCACAGCAGAAACUGUGUGUAACACUUGUCAAGUCAAUCUCUGUAAGGAAUGUGUAGGUCACCAUAUGAUCUCCGAUCCAAAUUUAAGACAUGAUGUUGUUACUUUUGAGUUCAAAAAAUCUGAAAUCAUCCCACCACUGUGUUGUAUCCAUCAAGAACAAAUAAGUGACCUGUUUUGUGAAGAAUGUGACUCUUUACUUUGUUUGAAAUGCCUUGCAUCUGGAUCACAUGAAAAGCACACUGUCUUACAAAUUUCUAAAAUUUAUAGCUCAACAAAAGCUCUCAUAAAAAAAGACUUAGAUGAACUUGAAGCAGACAUUGCGCCUGUGUAUGAAUCAAUUGUGUCUGGAAUCGAAGCAACGUCAUUAAGUAUAAUCGAAAAACAUGAUGAAAGACGGAAAACUAUGCAUGACCUCAGUAAAACAUGUCACACAAUUAUAGACAAGGUCUUUGAAAAGUAUCAGCGUGAUUCAAUAAGAAAUGAAAGAAAGGAUACCGACUCAAUACAGAAUUUAAAAUUAGAUUUUCAGAAGAAACAAUCCUUAAUUCGGUCAGCAAUAGAUAAAAAUCGCUCGAUCCUUUCUUCAAAUGAUCUAUCCCAACUUGUUAGAUACACUUCCAAAAAUGAAGAAUUUCGAAAUAUUCCUUCCAGAUUUGAAUUAACCGUGUCUUCAUUUAAUCCUAGAGAACUUACAGAGCAAGGUCUGUGUCAAAUAAUUGGAGAGAUUCCGGACACAAAGAAAACUUUAAUUAAUGGAGAGGUCUUAAAAUCUAACCAAUCAUUUGUCUUAAAGAGUAUACAUACAUGUGAAAAUACGUCUUUGUCACUUGAAGUUGGAAGUAAAUGUACUGAUGAUAGAUUUCCAAGAGCUCAGGUAGCUUGUAUUCCUGACACUAAUCAAUUCUUUGUUAGUGAUAACAGUGGUAUAGUUAAACACAUGAACUCCGAAGGUAAACUGCUUAAGGAGAUCACCACCACAACAAGAUCCGCACCAGCUGAUUUGACCGUAACCAGAGAGGGACAUUUGGUGUACAUUGACGGGGAUGAUAGAAGUAUCAAUAUUGUCAAGGGCGACAAGACGGAAUGCCUUAUAAGGGAAAAAGACUGGAUACCUGGUGCCAUAUGCUGUACCUCCACUGAUGACUUUCUGGUACAAUUGAGAUCCGAAUACAGAGUGGAAAUGCCAACAAAAGAAAAAUUACUCGUUUUUCUGGCUCUACUGUUAAGCAGGAAAUACAAUUAA